CCCGGCAUUCCCAGUUGCCCAGGUGGCCGGAAGUGUGCGCCGUUGUCCGGUUUCCCCCGUCUCCCGCUGCUAUGGAGAGCCCGGCGGUCACGUUUACUUUAGCUUACGUGGUUUUCGCCGUGUGUUUCGUCUUCACCCCAAAUGAGUUUCACUCGGCCGGUAUCACUGUGCAGAACCUGCUGUCCGGGUGGCUGGGGAGUGAGGACGUAGCGUUCAUCCACUACCAUGUCCGGAGGACCACGGCCACCCUGCUGGUGCACUCCCUGCUGCCCCUGGGUUAUUACAUAGGAAUGUGCUUUGCUGCUCCAGAAAAACACCUGUAUAACGUCUACACAGCAAGUGAGGGCUGGAAGCUGUUUGCUCUGUUUACAGUCGUCCUUCCCACCAUUACUGGCGUCCUUGCCCUGUAUUGGUCUCGGAAGAGAUGGAGGAAUCACCCCCUAGCGAGGACCCUCUCCCAUCACGCCUUGCCCCAGUCUGACUGGAGGGUCGUGGCCUCUUCCAUCAACACGGAGUUCAGAAGAAUUGAUAAGUUUGCAACUGGGGUCCCCGAGGCCCGGGUCAUUGUCACAGACACGUGGGUGAUGAAGGUCACCACCUACAAGGUGUAUGUAGCGCAGCAGCAAGACAUUCACCUGACUGUCACCGAGUCCAGACAACACGAGCUGUCCCCAGACUCCAAUACUCCGGUGCAGUUCAUAACCAUACGGGUAGCAAGCAUUAACCCCAAUGUAAAGCCAUUUGAAAUCAGAUUGAACUCUACAGAAUAUGGAGAGCUGAGAGAGAAGCUUCACGCCCCAAUUAGAAACGCAGCCAACGUUGUCAUACAUCAGACCCUAAGUGACAUGUUCUUGGAUACAUUCCGUGCUCUGGUGGAAGCCAAUAAUGUCUAUGAGCUGCCAAGCAACCAGGAACUGGAGCCUUGUAUUGGCUGCAUGCAGACGAACGCCAAUGUCAAGCUGGUGAAGUAUUGCCAGGAGCCCGAUGAAGGAGAGUGUCAGCAGUGCUACUGCCGGCCCAUGUGGUGCCUAACCUGUAUGGGCAAGUGGUUUGCCAGCCGUCAGGACCAGCAGCAUCCAGAAACCUGGUUGUCCAGCCAAGUGCCUUGCCCCACCUGUCGAGCCAGAUUCUGUAUAGUUGAUGUUUGCGUUAUACGGUGAACUCGCCUUUUAGGUUGUUUAUAAAGUUUUAUAAUCUGAACGUUUUCUAUAAUCCGCAGUGUUCUAAUAUGUUUCUGGACAUAUAGCACAGGGAGCCCUGACUGGCCACACAGGUAGCCGUAUAGUUAGGUCUGUUUUGCACUACAUUGAAAGUGUUCAUCCACUGGUUUCCCCUCUAAAGCAAAUGGAAAAGUUGUUCUUGCCAAGGUCGCCAUUCACUUGUAUUUGAGUGCUGCUUCCACUACCAGUAUCUACCACUGAAAUUACAAUGGUCUUAUCCUAUAGUGAGGGUAUGUCAUUUUAUUCUUUAAUAUUAAAGUGUACCUGCCACUUUAGAAAGAGAGAAAAAAUAAAACAUUGACCUGUCAGAAGUUUUGAUCGAUCAGUUCACACCCCCAAAUGAUCGCUAGAACGAACCGGGAGAGAAGCGGGAGGCUGAGGCCCUCUCCCCACUCUCUGUCCUGGAGAUAAUCCCAUAGACGUGUAUUGUAAGUGUCUAUAGGAUUAUGAUUCUCAUAUAAGCAUAUUCUAGGUCUUUAAUCUCCCCCUGUAUUUAUAUAGACCAGAGAUCCACUUGUAAAGGCCCCAAAAAUGCUUUUAUGGUGAGGAAGAAGGGCCGGUAUGGCGCUACAUGGCUACAGCAGCGACAAUGUAUUCUCUUCUGUAUUAUAGCGUAUCAAGUAUUUCCUCCAAUGAGUUACAUCAUUGCCACAUGGCGCGCUCUUCACCCCUUAUCAUACUACAAGUCCCAGCAUGCUGUGGUAAUGUGAGGCUUAUAUGGCUGGGACUUGCAGUUUCGCAACAGAUGGCGAGUCACAAGAAGCAGACCAUAGAUUUGUGUAGCAAAUCUAAACUGGGGUUACUUAUAAAGUGACAGGCAAUUUCUUAGUAUUGGGUGUGAUCGAGUGUUAAUUUAUAGAAUACGGAGUUUACUGAUUUGAAGGUACGUUCACACGUACAGGAUCUGCUGCAGAUUUUAUGCUGUGAUCAGCCAUUUAGUUAUAUUGAUUUCUGCAGCAGGUCCUGUACUUGGAGCCUAAUGUAACGUUUAGAUGGGUGAGAUCUACUACAAGCUUCCUGAUGCGAGUUUAAGCCGUGAUGGGUUUUCGGCAGCAGAUUACAUCAAAGUCAAUAUGGAAAACCCAGUGAGGCUGAAACUCACAGUAGAUCCCACCCGUGUGAACAUACCCUAAAGGUAGAAUCACACAUGCUGCUGAGUUUGCUACACGUUAACGGGUGGGAAAAUCCACAGCAAAAUACGGCUUGUGUGACUCUACACUCUUCAAACGGAUGGGAUCUACUGUAGCAAAUCCGCAACAGAUCCCAUUAAAGGCAACAAAAUCUGUGGAAGCUCCACGUAAGAUCCACCUGUGUAAACGUACCCUACGGAUAGGGUCUUGGAGAGCAUCCGCAGCAUAUUUCAUGCUGCGGAUGCGCAAACGACAGUCACAAGAGCGAGCUCCCUGCUGCGGCUGGGUAGCUCUGUGUGUCUGCUCGUGACUGCCGCAGGC